AUGGACCAAAAGGACCCCAGGCAUAAGGUUGUCCAAUCAGAUGUGAGGGUUGUCACAGUUCCUCUAGUAAUGGUUCAACAGGAAUUGGAAGAGGUCAAUGUGCAAAUGCAUAUUGCCAGCCCGGCUACUAUUAAGAAAGACACUAGAUGUCUGUCAAUUGUUGGACAAGGCUCUACAAGUCAGGGAAAAGACUUUGAUGAAGAAGCACUGGAUGAUGAUUCCUUAGAGGCAGCAGUUAUCCAAAGAAUGUGUCACAGAGUAAUUAAGUCUAACCCUGUGGUGUUAGAAAGUGAGGAAUUGUAUCAAUAUAUACCGGAGACUAGUGUGUACCCACGGGAACCAGAGCCACUCAAGGAGCUGAGGAAUGCCACCGCAACCCAUCCAAGUGCAGUGUUUGGAACAUCACCAGAUGCAGGACAGCUAAUAGGGAUGCUGUUGAAGACAGUGAAUCCAAAGAAGACAAUUGAAGUUGGAGUCUUCACUGGCUACUCUCUUCUUCUCACUGCUCUUUCCAUUCCUCCUUAUAGCAAGAUUGUGGCAGUUGAUAUGAACGGCGAGACCUAUGAAAUAGGGUUGCCAUUCAUCAAAAAAGCUGGUGUUGAACACAAAAUUGACUUCAUUCAUUCCCAAGCUCUUCCCUUUCUUGAUAAACUCUUAGAAGAUAAACAAAACGAAGGGUCAUUUGAAUUUGCUUAUGUUGACGCUGACAAGGGUAACUACAUAAACUACCAUGAGAGGAUGAUGAAACUGGUGAAGGUUGGGGGUUUGGUCUUGUACGAUAACACUCUAUGGGGAGGAAGAGGAUUUGUUGCUAAGCCUGAAGAGUCUGUUCCUAUGGGCAAGAGAGAAGUGAGGAAAGCAACAAUUGAGUUCAAAAAAUUAUUGACAACUGAUCAUCGCGUUGAGAUCUCUCAUGUUCCUUCUGGUGAUGGGGUCCUUAUUUGCAAGCGUGUUUCUUAAUCUUUUCAGCUCGGAAAAUAAUUCAAGUAACACUUUAUCAUUUCGAAUGGAGCCCACAUUUUAUCAGGAUGAAAUGAA